AAAGUGCUUGACAUCAACUCUUGGCAAAAUCAUAUCCCCAAAAGGCAACCUCGGAGAAUUUCUCGAAUCAUACCCAAAAUAGUCGUGACGUUAUCUACAACCCAGAAUGACCCCGGACUUUCACUUCUUCACUUUUACACUCUUACCAAACACAUACAUUCACCCUAAAAAUAAAAUGGCCCGCUAUGCACUAUGAACUCAUCCUUUUACCACAUCCGCCCUAAACUCGAUGACCUCCUCGACGACAAAGCACCAUACCCCUACACACUAAGCGCAUUAAUCGCCUUCCUCUCAAAAUCGCAUUGUCUGGAGAUCCUCGAGUUCGUUCUCGAGGCUCGUCGAUACAGGGGCAGUUUUCAGCGAGUGGGAGAUCAUAAGUCCCGUCGGACAUUGCAUUUGCAAUGGCAGCGCAUACUACAGAUGUAUAUUGUCUCGGGGGCGCAGCGGGAGAUUAAUAUCUCGGAUGGUAUACGGGAUAAUUUAGUCGCCACCGAGUCGAAGAAAAAAAAGCAAGAGGAUUUUCCUCCGGAUCCUGCGCUUCUUGAUCCAGCGUUGCAGGAAAUGCGCGAUCUACUACAUGAUUCGCUAUUAUUACCGUUCUUGCGCAGCUGCGUCAACCAAGAACGAGAACAACCCCGACCUCUCUCAACAUCCUGCCUCCACCACGACACAGAAUCAAUCGAGGAAAAAGAACACGCCUACUCCGACAUCUUCCCAUUCACCGGCGGCGGGACCCCCACCUCAAAAUCACGCUCCCAAUCCCCCCUCCCCUCCAACACAGGCACAGGCGCCAGCACAGACAAAGGCGACAGAAGCCACACCUCAAGCGUCGUCUUCACCGACGACAGCAACCAAAGCCGCUCAACCCCUCCCUUCGGACUAUCUAAAUACCCCAGUAAACCCGGGAGUGUGAGUUCGGGAGCUGUGCAUUCUACCUCCGACGGAAGCGGGAGUAAGGAGCUUGAUCUCGGGAAGACAAACUCGAGUCCUAGCACUUGGAGGUCUGAAGGGGAUAAACAUCAUCAGGACCAGAAGAGGAAGUGGCGGAUGUUGCAUUUUAAGGGCGGGAUUUUUAGGCAUUUGAGGAGUUCGUCAGGAUAGCGUUUGUGUAUAUAGUUGCAUUGUCGAGCUUAGAUAGGGGUGCACAUGAAGAUGGCAUCCUGUCUACGGUGGAUAUCAACAGUACAGUAAAUAUCUGUUCACUCUAUCAUUGAAAAGUAUACUUUACCUGAAAACGGCAAACUCGCCAAUGAAGUCAUACGGAC